AAAUAUGAAAAACAUUGGCUGAAAUUAUAGAAACAACGUGCAAAUUGGCGUUUUGGAUAGACAGUUAUUCCAUUAGGACGGUGUGUACGUUGUGCGGUGAUUGUUCGGGGCAGUUUACGAAGUUAGCGAGUGGCGUCAGCAGGCACCAAAAUGCCAGGAAAGGUGGGCGUCAAAAUAAAAGCUGCGCGUAAUCUGCCAGUGAUGGACAAGAGCAGCGAGACAACGGAUGCCUUUGUGGAAAUCAAGCUGGCUAACAAAGAGCACAAAACGGAGGUGUUCCGGAAAAGUUUGAAUCCCACAUGGAAUACCGAUUGGUUUCGCUUUGAAGUUGACGACGCAGAGCUGCAGGAYGAACCGCUGCAAAUUCGGCUAAUGGACUAUGACACAUACUCAGCAAAUGAUGCCAUCGGCAAGGUGAACAUAAGUCUCAAUCCACUUUGUCUGGAGAGCUCUAGUCAGUCAUCCCAUGGCAAAGGCAUCGUGCUCUCUGGCUGGAUACCUGUCUUCGAUACUAUGCACGGCAUACGCGGUGAAAUAAACAUAAUUGUGAAAGUGGAUCUGUUCUCCGAUGUCAACAAGUUUCGUCAGAGCUCUUGUGGUAUUCCCUUCUUUCAUUCACAAUGUGUUCCCUUUGGUUAUCGUGCUCAAGUCAUCCAUGGUUUUGUCGAGGAACUGGUGGUAAAUGAUGAUCCAGAGUAUCAAUGGAUCGACAAGAUCCGCACACCACGCGCUUCCAACGAGGCACGACAGGUUGUCUUCCUCAAGCUCUCUGGCCAGGUGCAGCGCAAAAUGGGCCUGAAGGCCAUCAACAUGGGCGCCAAUGCAGUCAUCGGCUAUACGCAGUGCUUUGAUCUAGAAGGUGAUGUGGGAGUUGUGGCCCGUGGCGUCGGCACAGCUGUCACCCUAAUCAAGGACACCAGCACCAGUCAGCCCAACAGUGCAGAUAUAGCCCUCAUCGAAGAAGUCCAAAAAUAUUUAGAUUUUCUCAACUGCACCAGUGGCAGCAGCGCUAGCCUCCCACUGUCCGGCAGAUCACCUCAAUAUCGUCUUAAUAUAUAUAAGCAGCCCAGUUUUAGUUCGCCCAGUUCGGCGGCGGCAGCAGCAGCAGCGGCAGCAACGUUGUUCUACUUGGAAAGCGGCAGUAGCGAUACGGAGGAUGCGGAUGUUAUGCAAAAUCUCUUGAGGCAAGAGGAUGAGCGUGGCGAGAGAACACGUGAGAAGAGGUUGCGACAUCGCAUGCACCGUAUGACGUUGUCCUCGCGCAACGUGUUCAGCGAGAAGUACGCAACGCUUUUGCGGCGCAUCGAGCCCAAGAUACCGGAGAAUGCCACGCAAUCCCUAAGCAAUCUUUUCGGCGCAGUCGGGUCAAGCACAAAGCGUCGCCGUAAGUCGCGCUAUGCAAUAGGCAAGCGAGCACCGCAGGCCAUAACACGCUCGAUUAGCGAUGAUACGGGCGCUGGGCCAUCAAUGUGUCAGCUGGCAGUUCCACGUCUGCCCGUGUACCAGGAGAGUACACGUUCGGCGCCGGAUCUGGAGAUGGAUGCCUUUCAACGUAAGUCCACGUGCUCCACGGACUCAUCGGACUCGUUGUCUAUAAUUGAAAUACUUGCCCCAGGCAUUGACAGUGCAGCAGCAGCAGCAGAAGGCGACUCAAGUGACGAAGAGCUGAAACAGCUGCAAGCCUUCAAAGAUGAUGAAGAACUGCAGGAUAACUGGAUAAAGCCGGGCGAGACGCGCAGCUGUGAGAACAGCCAGCUCGAUUUGACGCCCAAGCGACACACGCUGCUCGAGGACCUGAAGGGUUUCUCGCGUCGUCUCCAACAACUGAUGCAUCUGUCACCCAAGCAGCCAGUGCAACGAAAACGUUCCCUGCUACUGGCCGCUGCUGCACUCGAGCCGUCUAUGGACCGCAAAUCGUAUUAUAGCUCACAGCCGGAGUUGCCCACAAGCAGCGCACUCGAUUGGCCCUGUGCAGAUCUGAGUGCUUUCGCAUCCAUGCUGCAACUGAAUCACUUGCCCAGCUAUGAAUCCAAUUUGCAACGCUGUGCUUCGCUUUCGCACUUCGCAAUACCAUCAGUACCUCUAGUAGCCCAGGAAGUAAUUCAGGAAUAUCCGAACACGUUGCUGCCCGUUGCGCCCGUUCUCUGCAUUUGCCCAUCGACCCCAACCCCAACAGAAUCCGAAAAUAGCUCACAGCAGUCGCGUGCCUUUGAUUAUUAUGAUCCACCCGAUUUCGAACUAGACCAUGUUGUAAAUAUCUCUAAUAGUACUAACCAUAGUAACAACAAUAAUGAAUCAUCAUUGCUUGCUCCAUGCUAUUCUGUUUCGCCAUUUGCCAUACCAAACCAACAACAACGCUCAACUAGGUCCAGCAGCGAGCUUCAGCAACAGCAGCAACAGCAGCAGCAGCAACAGCAACCACAGCAGCAACAACAACAACAACAGUCGAUCCCACAGGGCGUGCUCAUACCCACGACAAUUGCGUCGAUCGAGAAUAGUGCGAACGGUAAAAAGCUGGCAUCGCCGGUUACCAGCAAUCGGAUAAAGCUAACGCCCAGUCCCUCCAAGAGCGGCAUUUCGGGUGGCACGAAUGCGGACAGUGCAUCCACAUCGACCACUUCGACGGCCACAACGAUGGUGCAGGUCAAGGAAGUGAGUGAAAUCUGUCGUCGUUCGUCCGACUCCGAUCUGAGUGUCACGCCCAAAGGUAACUCCGUGUGCGUGGCUAGCGAGCGACUGGCGGCGGCCACGGCUAUGAUGCGAUUGAACACACCCACCGUGGGCAGCAAGACAACGGACAGUCUGGAUAUGUUGGAGUAUCCGUUCUUAACUAUGACCAAGUACCCAACUGGGUUCAUACUGCACCUGGGCGCCACUGUGGCAGCGCGCUCGGUCAAGCUGCUGGAACGCGUGCCCAAUCCCGAUGAGCCGGAGGUGCGUGACAGCUGGUGGACGGAGCUGCGCAUGGAAAUUCGCUCACAUGCCCGCUCUUUGGGCUGCAACGUCGUGCUGGGCUACGCGGAGUCCACAAGCAUAUCCGACGAUGUGUGCGUUUUGUCUGCCACUGGCACCGCUGCAGUCAUCAACAUGGUCUUCAAUCGCUCUAUUUCGCAAACGGACAUCUUCGCCAUAUCAAAGGUAACCAAUAAUGUGGCCGCCAUGUCCAAUUCGAUGGAGGAUCGAGAGGCAAAUGGCAGCGCUGGUGAAGCAGCAGCCUCUGUCAAGGACGGCAGCUCGCUGGGCACAGCCAACGGCUCGGCGGGUAAACGCUUCGGCUUUCCAAAUCAAGGGGCCCAACGUAACGCCUGUGCCAUCUGCCACGUGCCGUACAAUUUGGGCAACGUACCCUUCAAUAUCAAAAUGAAGAAGUGCGCUAUAUGCCGCAAAGGCCGAGUGCCGGAUGUUCUUUUAGCCACAUUGGAAGUGCCGGAAUAUAUGCAGGUGACUGGACGCGGCUGUUUCAUGCAGGCUCAGGUGGUGCGCGCCAAGAGGGAUCUGCGCGCCGAACUGAAUGCGAAAGAGAUUUCCGAUGGAUUGCCAUUUCUGGAGUACGAGCUACACCGUGUGCUGAUCAAUAAGCUGAAGGCGAAAGGCAUGAAUGCCAUUUUUGGACUGCGCACCCAGGUGGCCAUUGGCGAACGCAUGAUAGCAUUAAUUGCCACGGGCACGGCAUUAUUUUUAAGUGCAUUGCCCGUGCCGAUGGUGCCAAAGAUUAUGGCCGGUAACUCGUGGACGGACAAGCAGAAACUCAACGAGCUCCAGAAGAAAUUGCAGGAGACAUUUGAGCGCAACCAAGAGAUCUAUCAGCUAAAGAAUAUGGAUCCCGAUUUGGCUAGCAUCAGUGGCGGAGCUGGCGGCGAUAAGCAAUCAGAUACGGAUGAUUCCGAUGAUGAGGAAAUGAAUGAAAUCGAUUUGAAUUGCGGCAACAAAGAGCUCUGUGUACUUGAGGUAGAUGAUAUUGAGGACCUGGAAAUCAUUUCACUACUCAUGGAACCAUAUCCACCCGAGGGCUUCCAUGUGGUUAACACACAGCAGGUGCCCGGCAUGCAGGAACUGGAUGCCGUUAAAAAUCUUCAAAUGUUUACGCAAGUAUGGCGAGCUCGCAUCGACGUGGGACAGAGCGUCAAUGGCUUCCCCAAGCACUUUCAGCGACUUCUGCAGACGAUAUAUUUCAAGCUGCGCACAAUGAUACCCUGUGCAAUAUGCGAUCUACGCUUCAGACUGGAUUUGCCUGAAACGGACCAAAUCCAAUUACUUGUCACCGGAAUGGCCAUGGGCUUGAGCGAUGGCAAUAAAAUGAAAUACCGUCGCCGGGCACCGGCGGCUGCACAAUUACCAAAUGGGUCGAGUGAAGCAGCACCGACUGGUCACGAAACUCAAUCCCAGCCGGAGAUGAAUGGUAAACGGAUGCUGCAAGAGGAGGAUUACAUAUUUCCACUGGACGAGGAUCAAAUGGUUGAUACACCCACGCCAACCAGCUCGGCCAUUCCUCCCUUUGGCAUGAGUUCUUUCAAAGUGCGAAAGACUUCGCCAUCGCGACUCUCUAAUCUAACGACCGCCUCACCCGCAACAAAACUAAUAAAUAUAGGUCAACCGCCACGCAGUCGCUACUCCCCACUUCGCGAUCGUUAUGGCGUAGACUUAACACCACUUAGCUUCAUACCGGGUGGUCGUAUUGACAAGUAUUUGGGAAAUCUAAACUUCUUCUUCAUUAGGGAGAGCACCUCGAUACGAGAAAACGGCGGCAUUAGCGGAUUUGUACAUAGUUUCAUUACCGAACUGCUGGCAGUGGUGCGAGCUCAUAUUGCUUCGCUGGGCGGCAAUGCAAUGGUCUCAUUCUAUUUGACCGAACUCAUAUUGUUCGACAAUCAGCACAAGAAUCAGGGACAGUGUCUGAUUAGCAUUGGUGGCGAUGCGGUAUAUGUCAACUACUUUGCCGACGACUGAUACAACCGAUUGCGGGGCAUAUAGCGCCAAUUCUUCGCGAGUCGUCCCAGAAGUCUUUACUACUGAAGAAGCCCAGAUUUUGCUCUCUGAGAUUUUCCCUCUUYCUCUACUUCACUCUGGAUGCCAACUCUUAAUACAUUUUGGCUCUCUAACUCGGCGUUGUAUGGGUCAAUAGUGCCAGGAUCCCAUGCAGAGACUCUGUUUACUUAAAUAUACAUAUAGUAGUAGUAGUGGUACAUACUACUGUAUCGUCUAUCAAAUUGAAAUCAUGCAAUAUUUGAACUGUGACUUGACGUUCAAGAUGUAGGAUGAAUUUUUCAUGUAUUGUUAUUUGUUUGCUUAAUGUUUAAAGAUUAGCUAAUUGCAAUUUUCAUGACCGUAGUUUGUACAUAGCCGAGAUGUUUAUUGAAUUUACAUUUCGAUAGAUAAUUUGAUGCUUUCAGCUAUGAGGCAUAGCUCUUAGCAAUUAUACAGUAUACACAGCGAAGUGUAAUUAAUUUUGGCAACACAAAAGUCAGCCAACAACUAAUGUAACUUAUAUAU